AUGACAGCAACACCAGCGGGCCCCAUCCCGCCUAAAGGUAGUACGGUCCCGACUAGUCUAAAGGCGCCAGCGACAUCGAGCACCAAUCCAGAGUCCGUUUCCUCUACUGGCAGCAAGACAUCGAAUUCGCCCCGUGCGACUCCACCCUCCUCAGCGCCUCGCCGGUCCACUCGUCCUGUAUCGUCUGACUUCCUAUCCGACAAGGCCACUGCAGCCUUCAUACGCCGAGCACUAUGUGCCCAGCACCUGACCGAUAGGGAAAGGAAUACGACUCCACCCAUUCAAGACCUCCUGCCACCUCUUACUAGUCGAAACGAUGUGGAUCUUCAACUAUAUGCCCUCAUAGCCGUCAUCAUCAAGGAGUUUGUCCAAAAUUGGUACAACAAGAUCACACCGGACGAGACUUUUGUCGCCGAAAUCGUACAGAUCAUCGCUCAUUGCACCCGCGCAUUGGAGCAGAGGCUGCGGAAGGUGGAUCUUGAGAGUCUAUUGUUUGAUGAGCUUCCGGACUUGCUAGAUGCACAUAUUCGAGCGUAUCGGACUGCAAAGAACUCACUGGCACGGCCACCAGUCGAGGCCAAUCCACGCGAGAUCUACCAUUCACUCUGGCCGCUACCGGCCUUGUCACCAGUUCCUAAGUCUGGACAUGGUGGUAUACAGGUUCAAGCAGACAAUGAAAGUGCAUACCGCCAACUUUUAGUGCAAGGCGUUCUAGCUGUUUUACUUCCAACCGAGGAUCUCGAAAAUGAGUGCUUGACGACGCUGGUUGGACAAUUAUUCUCAGAACUUAUCAUUGGUAACCUUGUUGCCAAUAAAAUUUCGGAGCCAUGGCUUAUAUGGGAAGGCCUGAUUAUACUAACGAGAUUCGUGCGUACAAGAAGUUCAUCGGAGGGUUCUGGGCCUGAGAACACUGAACCGAGCAUCAAGCUAGGGCCAGGCACCGGCAUAAGUCCGUCAAUUACGGAGAAGCAUAGCUUGUAUAUCCAACAGGCAUUCUGGUCCGCGAUACAGUGGGGUUUCGUUAUAGUGAACUCGAUACGUUUCAUUAUUGGCACCAUAAUGCUAUCACGAACACUCCCUGCGAGGUGUACCCCUAUAUUGACCCGCAAGGUUAAUCCAUCGUCUCAUGGUGAUCCAGAAGAGUCACACUAUCAUCCUCCAACAAAUCUCGAGGCUCAUUCGCAACCAGUCAAGGUUCCCAUCGCCGACUUCAAAAUAUGGUCUUGCGUUGGGAAUCUACUCGAAAUAGACGCCCGCAUGCCAUGGAUGAGCGGAGCUCUGUCCAUGGCGCAAUGGGGAGCUCUGAGAGGUCCGGGAAACUUGGGAGGGCUUGACGGGAUGAUCGAUAGACUUCUUUCACAUCAUAUCCACGCCAAUAUCCUCGAUCCUGCCCGUCUACCCCCGCUCCUUCGAGCAGUGCGAGGUGUCGUCUUCCCUAAUAACGCCCCAGGCGCUCCUAGCUUGAUCCCUCCUUCAUCUGACGCGCAGCUGGCGGCCCUGCGUCGCAGAUGCGCUAGCGCGCUUUUGGCGCUUGUUCCGAAGAGGGUGGGCAGGCUUUAUUAUGGUAGCAGUACCUGGCCGUGGCCUGCCAGAUCGACUAUCGCUCGAAAGAGUACGAGCUGGCGGUCCGGACCGUUUAAGGCCAGUAGUAAUAACACAGCACAUAAUGCCAGUGACACUGGAGAGGAAGUUGCACGCGUGCGGCUUACCGAUGGGGGCAAAUCUGUUAGAGACCAUUAUGCAACGUUGACCCCAGAAAGUUCAAAGCGGCAAUUUGGAGACACCGGUGUGCGGCCGACCGAGGCCGGUGGCGACAAUCGGGCUGACAUGUGUGACGAAGGAGAAGAGGACGAGGAACAGAACAGAAUAUUAUCCGAGAUCGAAACCGGCAUUCUCGACAUCUUCUCAGAUCCCUAUUGUAAUAAGCAUCUGAUAUACGGGAUUCUAGAGCUCGUUUUAGUGCGCCUCAUGCCCGAACUAGCCGAGAAGGGGGUCAUCGAACUGUGGGAGGAGAGGCUAAGUUAA